CUCCUCGACACCGCAGUCGUCUCGAAGAGUCUCUCCGUGAAGGUAACACGAGAGUGUGAGCUUUUCUUGGAACAACUACUACAGUGAAAAGUUUAUUCUUGAAAAAUUCAGGAUGGAAGCCACUGGGAGGAUUAUAUUCCUUGUAUGGGUGACUGCAUUUGUAGCCUGUGUCCACGGACUCCAACGACCACCACCCAGAUACUCACAACAAUACAUGCCGGAAACUUCCUUCACUUGUCGCAACAAAAUCGUAGGAAGUUAUUACGCUGACCCAGAGACUGACUGCCAAGUAUUCCACGUCUGUGUGUCCGUGUCAGGCACUAUUCAAGAUUACAAGUUUUUGUGUCCAAACGACACUGCAUUCGACCAAGAAAGUCAGACCUGUGCGGAUUGGUACGACGUUGAUUGCGAAGCAGCUACAUUGUACUACGCCAGCGAUAAUUUUGACUUAUAUAGAAUAGGAUCUGGCCUGGAAUCGCCUCACUAUGAUAGUAUACGCAGUGAUGCCGAACCCCAAGACCAUCUUCAACGAUCUGAGACAAAUGAUCCUGUCCGUUCGUCAGCUAAUACUUUCAAUAGAGUAUCCUCAAAUAGCUUUAACAGUAACAGAGAUUUGAGAGGGAGUAGCAGUGGCAAUUUUUAUAAUAGCAGAAACGGCAAGGAAGAAGAUUAUGAAAGCGAAAAAUUUUACAAAGACGAGAUUAUUCAAGAGAAAAAAAAGACGGGAAUCAGAAAGAUCAACAGAAAACAACAGUACAAUGACAAUGGCAAUAGUAACUAUGUACCAUCCAGCACUCAUCUACCUGCCAUUGCUGGCAAUCAAAAUACUUAUACUGGUUUCUACAGUGGCAAUAAUUAUAAUCAGAGAACCAAUAGCUUCGCAUCAUCGAGCAGUGCAAAGCCUCAGGAGAAUUUCAACAAGAAUCAGAAUGCACAAAGAUAUAUCACGCCAUCAUCGACAUAUAGACCAAGUACUAAUUAUCAGAAUAAUUAUAGCUUCCAGUCUCCUAGUACGACAACCAGGACAACAAUUUAUAAUGCUUACAAUACUAAUUCAAAUUAUAAUACGCAAAAUCCUGGUAGUUUGAGUCAAAGCACUACAGCAAAGCCAUCUAGCUACAAUAAGAAUUACAAUCAGAAUUAUAAUAAUGGCGGGCAAUUCGUACAAUCAACGACCUUGCAACCCAGCACUAAUUACCAGGCAAAUGAUUACACAAAUUACCAGAGAAAUUAUAAUAAUAUUCAACGUGGAAAUAACAAUGUACCCCAUCAAUCUACUACUACUGCACCUAUUAUUUAUGAUAAUAAUUACAACAACAAUAACAACAAUAAUAAUGGACAGUAUAGACAUAGUACAACUUCUAGGCAAGAUAUUUCUCAGGCAACUACAAAGUAUUUUCCCAAUUUUCCAAGCAGCAGUUAUGCUCCUACAACCUAUAGUCCAGCUACAAAGAAAUAUAUUGCUAAUGACAAUACCCAGGCCCAAAGUGCUGUGAGGACUACUGAAAAUGGACAAUAUUAUGAGAAAUCUAGCCAACCUAUCAAAAGCUCAUCUCAGCAUUAUGACAGUACCAAAGCACCAAAAAAGGUCACACAGUAUAAUAUUUAUGAUGGAUCAAAUGGUAAAUAUUACACUGAAACCAGUACAGGAAACUAUGAUGUAGCAAGAUCGUCAGUUGGAAUUGGAUUUAGUCCUGCUAGUAUCAAUCAUUUGGCUGAAACACCAAGACCUACUACUCCAGUAUCAAGGAGAAUUUCUACAGCCACCACAUACAAUCCGAACACUUUCAAUUCAAAUACCCAAAGACCGCCACAAUCAGCGACUACUCCUAGGGGAAGUACCUAUGUUAGCGGAUCUGCCAAACCGUUCUCCUCGACAACGAAACUUCCUAAUACCACUACACCGCGAUCAAAAUCUGGGAAAAAAACUGACUACGAUUAUGCCUAUUAUGAUAACACUGCUGGAUUAGAGUAUGAUAGUCUCGACUUGGAGCACGUAACCGGAAUCAAAGAAUCGACAAAAAUCGCAAGGAAUUAA